CGGGCAGUGCUGCUUUCCACGCCGCUGCCACGAGCCCAGGUGCCCCCCCCGCGCUCCGGGAUCCCGGCCAGGUGCUCCCCCCGCGCCCCGGGAUCCCAGCCAGGUGCCGCCCCGCCCCUCAUCGCUGCUCUCGGCCUCCUGCCACCGCCCCGGCCUCGGCUGUCACUGCCCACCUCCCUCCCCUCUCCGGCACCCUCGCAGGUAUCUCUUCUCCCGGACUUCUGGGAACCACCUCUCGGGUGCGAAUCCCGCCUUUCCCCUGGCAGCUGCUCUUACUUCUGUGCUUUCGCUCAGGUCGUCUUUGUUGUAGCUUACCUGGGCAACUGAUCUUGUCAGUAUCAACUGCGUUGUCUCCGCAGUAGCUUUCCGUGCUGGUUGUUUUCCUUCUGGUGGAGUAACCCUUUUUCCUUUUCACCUCCCAAGUGGCUUUGGCACAGUCUUGAUGUAAGGUUUGGGGCUGUUGAUUCUUCCAGUAUGUUCAAUGCACUUCUUCUCAUCUGACAUACUCUUUGACUGAAGAUAUCACAAUCUAGCCUGAAACGUUCCUGAGAGAGAACAUUUUGCACAAGAGCUCCAGCAGCUGCCCUAGAUGUCUUUCAUACAUCUUUUGUUAUAUUGAUAUGAAAAUGGGUGUGUCUUUGCUUUGUAUUCAGAAGGUGGGUCUUGAAGAACUGUUUUGUCGCUAUGGUUAUUCUUGUCUUAAAUCAGUUUCUGGAAAGUUAUAAAGAGAUAUAAGAGAAGGAUUAGGGUUGAGAAAGGAAAGGAUACUCGGUGAGUUAUCUAUGGUAUCUGGGGUUUGUUGUGAAUGCAUAUUUUUCAUGGAAUUGGGGGUGGUUUCAAAGUUACACAUAUUAAAACUGCUUCUGUGAUUUCCUCUGAUGUGGAAAAAAAUUAUAAGAGAAUAUUUUUCUGCAAAAAUCUACCAAUCUCUAGAAAGCAAUGCUUUGGUGUUCUAGUUGUGUAAGCCACAAAGGGCUUUGCUUGCAGAGGCUGACUGCUGAAGCUGUCUGUGCUUGGCUGUCUCCAAGAAUAGCUCGGAGACAGCAUGUUUCUUGGCACUCCUAAUCGGCAUUUUGUAGUUUAAGGGACUUUCACCUGUGUUAUUACACACAGUGGUUUCAUUUUUGUCAAACUUUAGCUUGUAUUAUCUCCCAUGGCUGUGGAGUGCUUUGAUUUCAUGAUUGAAAGUACAGCGAGUUGUGGAUAGCAGAGGAAGGUUUGGUUAGAGAUUGGUUGCCCAAGGUGGAUGUUGUGUCAGUGUCUGAUGAUGGUAUCUGCAAAAUCAAGUCAUUGAAGCUAUGAGUUUACAUAAAAGUGACUUCAAGACUUUUAAUCUAGGUGUGGAGCAAGGAGAAAGUGUAAUUGUUUUGCACCAAAUGGUAUUAAGUUUAAUCUUAUGUUCAUUUAAUGUUAAACUGCUCUUAGGCUGUUGCAUUUGCAAGCUUGAUUUUUUUUCUUUUAAUGGUCCUCAACUCUGAAUUGCAAGGACAGCUAACACAGAUCUCUAAAAGUACAUACUUUAUUGUGUCAGGUGUCUUAUUUGAUGAAGCUUGGUGUCUAGGUUCCACUUUAGUUGAGUAUUUUAGCAGUUUCAUAGCUGCAAAAGAAUUGUCAAAUGAACUAUAACAACCCCACGUGUUUAAAAAUCUUGUCUUUUUAAUUGAAAACUUAAAGUAGGGGUCCCAAUCAUUAAUCUGGAUUUGAUUUAUAGUCUAUCAUAGCACUAGUCUAAACAAGACUCAGGACUAGGUGGUUGUUCAGGUGGAUUUGAGGUGCAAGAAAGGUUAAUGCCUGCUUGGCUGACAGUGGCACCGGUGUGGCUGUGGGACAUGCGUACAGCCGGAGAAUUCCCCAUGCAGGACUCUGAACAGCAGCUGAGCAAGGCCCCCACCUUGUCUGGCACUGGUGCUCUCAUCAGCAUCACUGCUGAUGAUGGAACCCCUUCUCUUCUUUUGAAACCCCAUGACUUUUCAUGUAGCUGGAGACUGCUCACGAGCUAGUUUGCUGUGCAAUGGGUAAGGAGGUCGUGUUGACAAAGGGCUUUACAAGAAGGCCUGAUUUUAGUUAUAAGUGAGCUGUAUGGCCUGCUUGGUAUGAAAUGGUAUUAUGAGAAGAGUAUUUUGGUAUUACAAUCCUAAGAUAGAUCCCUGAAGUUUGUCAAAUACCUGUGGGCAAAAGAGGAGUUGGUAGGGAGACAGAAAAAUCUGGUUCUUCUGAGUUUAAGUUCUCUUUUUCUAAGUCUUAAGCCACUUAAUGCUAACCUCUUAAAAUACACUGCAUUUGCACCCCCCCUUAUUUUUUUUUUUUUAAAGUGUGGUGAAGAACUUGCUGUUGACCUUCCCACAGGUUUGCUGCCUUGUCUUUCAGCAACUCAGCAAAGUUUUAAUUUGUUUAUGUUUUCUUGCUGCAUCAUGAAGCUAAGUAGGGAAAAUGCAGAUGUGAUGUGGGAUGUAGAAGCAAGUCUGCAGGAGUUGGGCACUUAUUAUCCUGUGGUAAUGCUUUUAAAUAAAGUAUGUUCUUGGUAGCUAACAGGAACAGACUUAAUGGGAAAUAACAAAUAAUGUGUAAGUGGUUAAGCAGCAUCCUGUGCUGAUCAUUGCACGUUCUGGAAAAUAAUGGAGAGAUUGCCCAUCAAAUCUGUUCUUGGGAUACAUCUAGCACUGAUUAAUUGCAUUACUGGGGAAGGGUUUUUUUUAUACUUUUGAUUGAAAAAUUGAAGUAAUUGUCGAGGAUGAGCAGAAAUAAUUUUUGUUUUGAAUCUGAAUAUGAUAUUUUUUACUGUGCUUUGUGCCAAUAAUAAAAUGGAGAAAAAAUUGCACUGUGAAACUGCUUUUAAUUUAAGUGGUGUAUUUAGAUGGGAGUCCCUUCUUUGUGUCUUUGGUAUAAUUAAUGGAGGGGCACUGCAGCUCUCGUUGUUAGACCUAGGUUUCGUCAUGUGUUUGAAUUUAUUCUAACAUGAGUCACUGACGCAGAAGUUUAAGCGAUGAUUCCAUGAAACACUUCCCUAUGCCGCCUGUUUGGAAGGCUUUGUUUAUCCAGGCUGUGGAGUUCGGCAUUUCUCCAGUAGAUGGAGCGUGAUCUACGCGGAGUCGCAGAGUGAGGAAGAUGAUGACUUUCAAUAUAUGGAUCAUGACUAUGAAGUACCACAGCAAAAAGGUUUGAAGAAGAUAUGUAGCAAGGUGAAAUGGACCCGUGAAGAGGAUGAAAGGCUAAAGAAGCUGGUGGAACAAAAUGGUACAGAUGAUUGGGCUUUCAUUGCUAGUCAUCUACAAAAUCGUUCAGAUUUUCAGUGCCAGCAUCGAUGGCAGAAGGUACUAAACCCAGAGUUGAUUAAAGGUCCAUGGACUAAAGAAGAAGAUCAGAGGGUUAUUGAAUUAGUUCAGAAGUAUGGUCCAAAGCGCUGGUCUCUAAUUGCAAAACACCUGAAAGGAAGAAUAGGCAAGCAAUGCAGAGAAAGAUGGCAUAACCACCUCAAUCCUGAGGUAAAAAAGUCUUCGUGGACAGAAGAAGAAGACAGAAUAAUCUAUGAAGCUCACAAGCGUUUGGGAAACCGAUGGGCUGAAAUAGCAAAACUUCUUCCUGGAAGGACUGAUAAUUCAAUUAAAAAUCACUGGAAUUCAACAAUGCGAAGAAAGGUGGAACAGGAAGGAUAUUUACAAAGCGUUAUAAAAUCUGAAAGUGCUAGUUCUGCUGAACUUCAGCCCCAGCCUUGUCUGACUAUGGAGCACUUGCACACUCAGAAUCAGUUUUAUGUGCCUGUUCAGACACAUAUUCCAGCAUAUCAGUAUGCCUCACCAGAAGGUAGCUGUCUAGAACAUGCUCCAUCUUCUUCCAACAUAGUUCAGCAGCCAUUUAUUGAUGAUGAUCCUGAUAAGGAAAAGAAAAUAAAGGAACUUGAAUUGCUACUUAUGUCAGCAGAGAAUGAAAUCAGAAGAAAACAAGUGUCUUCUCAAGCUGGAAGCUUGUCUUGUUGGUCUGGAAAUUUUAUCAUGGAGGAUUGUAUGCCUAAUACACUAAGUAGCCUUGAGGAACAAACAAGUGAUUUCUACAGCAUGGAUGAGACCCGCAUCACACCUGUUCAGCAGAAUUCACCACCUAAGUAUUUGGGUGUAGAAGCAAAUAGAAUGUUAACACCUCUACAAACCAUUCCAGAAUUUGCAGAGACACUAGAUCUUAUGGAAAUUGAUCCAGUAGCAUGGAGUGAUACCUGUUUUGAGCUGUCUGAGGCUGUUGUAUCCCCUGUCAAGCCAGCUCCAGUAAAACUAAUGCGGCUUCAACACAGUGAGGGGGCUGCCGAGUGCCAGUAUAAUGUCGGCGUUAUGCUUGAUGGCAAAAACCACAGUAACAUCAGUGGGGAUGAGGAAACAGUUUUUUCAACAUCCUCAAACUUAACUAAGUUCAGCAAUCCACCUGCUAUCCUGAGGAAGAAAAAGAGGUUACGUGUUGGGCAGUCCCCGGUUGCUGAUCUGAAUGACGGCUUGUGUAACGAUGCCGUCAAUGUUGCACUAAAGCGGACGCCAGUGAAAACACUACCGUUUUCUCCAUCACAGUUUUUCAACACUUGCUCUGGAAAUGAACAAUAUAACUUUGAAAAUCCUGCGUUUACAUCAACUCCAAUCUGUGGGCAGAAAGUUCUUAUUACGACUCCUCUACACAAGGAAAUGACACCACAAGAUCAAAAGGAAAAUGUGGGUUUUAGAACUCCCACAAUGAGAAGAUCUCUUUUGGGUUCAACACCAAGGACACCAACUCCUUUUAAAAAUGCUUUGGCUGCUCAGGAAAAAAAAUAUGGUCCCCUCAGACUCAUGUCACAACCACUUGCCUUCUCGGAGGAAGACAUUAGGGAAGUUUUGAAAGAGGAAACUGGAACAGAUAUAUUUCCCAAGGAGGAAGAUGACACUUUGUAUAAAAACUGCAAGCAGGAGCACAACUUUUCUAAAAAAGUCAGAAAAUCACUGGUCCUAGAUUCACAGGAAAAAGAAGAGGUUGGGGCCCAGCGCUUGACAGAAGAUAAUAGUUUAGAUGUACAGUCAAAAAAUGCAUAUACCACAUCUUUAUUAAUGACACCAUUGUUGGAAAUACAGGACAACAGAUGUAACCUGUCAUCAGAAAAGCAGGAUACAGAUCCAGCAAACAAAGCAAAUGCAGUAAUUAAGAAGAAACUGAAUGCAUGUGCUACAAAAAAUGUCAAAAUGGAGAAAGCUCUUCAGCCAAAUCGUGACUGGGAGGCAGUUGUUUAUGGAAAAACAGAAGACCAGCUUAUCAUGACAGAACAAGCAAGAAGGUAUCUGAGCACAUAUACAGCUACCAACAGCAGUUCAAGGUCUCUGAUACUGUGAUGGUCACUGCAGCUGACAACCAUCUCUUGCCAUUGAAACUGAAAGAGUGUUGAAGGCUAUUCCGGUGUGAUACUUGGGAAUUAAGUCUUUGAGAGAGUCUACCAAGGGAAACCUUAAAGCUACCUUAAAGCUUCCUUUCUUCUUUUGACUGACAACGAACAGAUAUGAAGCUCUUGCAUUCUUUACAAAGGGAUACUGCAAACAGUUCUGCAAUGAAUCUUUUUGAUAUUAAAAGAGUAACCCCAUAAAAUAUAAAGAAGGGUAAAAUGCAUUGCAGUACUGACAACAUACAGUUUUUAGGUCUAUUUUUCAUAUUUAUUCUUUUGACUUGCAUCACUUUUUUAUCUGUUAGAGCAUUUUCAAUAUAGAGUAGGUUUAUAGGUUGUUACUGGUUUCCAAAUGAGCAACAUACAUGACUGAAUGUGCUUUUGCUUAUGUAGCAUUUUUCUAGUAUGUAAAGAAACACAAUGGAAAGGAGUACAAAGGAAGGAUAGAAAGUUGCACUACUAAUUUUUUUUGGUAUGCUGCAAAACAAUGAAAUUAACUACAGUGUUAAAUAUAUUUAUUUGCAAAUGGUACUAGAAGUAGGCAGAGGGGGGUGAAUUAAGUUUAGUGUAAAGCAUCAGUAUUUUCUUCAUAAAUCUCAAAAUGAGAUGAUUGUUGAAUGUAUUGUACAGUAUGUAGGAACAAGCAAAAUUUUGUAAAUUGGAAAGGAGUCUGUUUUUAUAAUUUAUUUCCAUUUCAGAGCUUAAAUGUAGAUAUUUAUAUGUAUGCAGGUUGUCUAGAGGCCAAUGUUGUUUCCUGUUAAAACAGCUAAAAUGAAAAAAGGACAAGUUCAAAAUAUAUGAAAUAGCAGAAGAAUUACAGUGGUGAAGUAAAAAAUCUAUACUGUAUGUUACAUCUACAUGAAGAUUGCACUAUAGCCCUAAAAUCAUGUUGGUCUACAACAUAAUUGCAAGGUAUUCCUGUAUUAUACAGCAACUGUUCCUGUACCUUGUUUAAAUAUAUUUAGAAAAAAAAAUGGUGGAGUCUUAUACAUGACCGAGGAGUACUUUGUCCUGCAUAGGAACUAAAAACUAAUGCAUUUUCAAUAUAUAUAUUUUAUUCUUUUUUUUUUUAAAGAAACUUGGCACCUUUGAUCUCAAAACAAUUGUAUCUGCACUUAACUUUGACCAUUAUAUGACUAAAUGUUUGAAGAGCAAAGAGAACGUUCUUUUAUUUAUGAAAAGUCUUUGUCCUUAUUUAAAGGUAUACAGGUCACAACACUUGCUUUAGUUGCCUAUUUUAGGUAUUUGCACUUAUUUUAUGUCUUUAUUUUUGGUUUUGAAGGAAUGUUUUGGUUUGCUUUUGUUGUAGAGAUUUUUAUGUAGUUAAUUUCGAGCAAGUUAUAAUGGAGUGCUCUCAACAGAUACUGACAGGUAAAUAGAAUUGUACACUGUAGUUUUAGUUAUUUAUAAUUCAAACACUCUUCCUCUCCACUCCCGGGUGUGCUGCUACAGAUCGUGGCAGAAUCGGCUUGCUGCUAUGAGAGAUGGAAAGAGCGAGCAUCAUAUGCACUGUAUGUAAAAUUACAUGAUGUCAGGUUCUCUAGUUAACUUUAUGAGAUCAACCAGUACUAUGCAGGGCGUGGAAAGUGUUCCUAACACUUUAAUAUCAAAGAUGGUAGAGAAGAAUUAAUUAAUGGAGAAUUUUAACAUGGGAUGAGCGGCACAAGGAAGGUAAUGGGUUCUUCAACUUUUUUAAAGCAUCUCAAAGCUUAUACAAUCCUUGUUUCUAUGAGCUUUUUGAUAUUGGCUCUGAUAGUAAUAGGCACAAACAUUUUUAGCAGUUUUUAAUUCACAUCAAAAUUUUAAGGGGGGCGGGAAUCCUAUUAUAAAGCAAGGGAUCAGAAAAUGCCCAUCAUGCCAGGAUUACUCGUGGGCUAGUAAAAUUCAGAGGAAUUCUUGGCAGCACUAGAUUUAGGUGUGCAUUACCUGAAUGGAUUUAACAGCAACAUGUAAUGCUGGAGACAGCAUUUAAUUCACAAAAAUGAAGUCAAACAUUAAGACAGAAUGACUAUCUAGAAUCUGGAUGGUAUAUUGAAGUAGAAAUGGUAUCAUCAAAGCUACCUAUACCAAGUUUAAACAUAGAUUUAUGGUAAGUAGUAAUAAUUUGUGUUGGUAUUGGUUGGAUCGUUUAGUUAACUCCUACUUUGUUGCUUUAGCAGGAAGGUUUUAAUCUUUCAUAUGUCAGGCAUCUUACUACUUUUUGAAUGUUGUGUGCAUUGGCAUUUCUUUCAGUUUAUAGGUCAAUUGUACAUGCAGCAGCCAAACUUGCAUGAAACCUAAAUACAUAUUACCAUAUUUUUGUUCUAAAGUUUGACAUAACGUGCAACAAAUGCCUUGUUUAACUUAGUUUUUGUUGUACUACAAAUGUUUCUUUUAUGUAAGAGAAUCUCACAAUACAGACCGCGUUAAUGUCAGAAAUAAAGCAUCUAUGUACCAGGUUA